CUGACUGCAGUCGGCCGGGCGCCGGUGCCCGGACCGUUUCCCGAAGGAGCUGCCGUGCCCACCAAGGAGAUCGAUUUCGCCAGCGGAGACAAGGUCAGUUGGGUGACCGCGUCCGCGUUCGUUGUCUUCCAUGUCCUGGCGGUAGUGGCGCUGUUCAACGUGACCUGGCAGGCGGUGGUCGUGGCCGCGGUGCUGCACUGGAUGUGCAUCGGUUGGGGCAUCGGCCUGGGCUAUCACCGGCUCCAUACGCACCGUUCCUACAAGACGCCGAAGCUCGUCGAGUACUUCUUCGCGAUCUGCGGCUGCCUGACGCUUCAGGGCGGGCCGGUGUUCUGGACCGCGCUGCACCGCAUCCAUCACCAGCACUCCGACAAGACCGGCGAUCCGCACACGCCGCGCGACGGCAAGUGGUGGUCGCACAUGCUGUGGACCAUCUUCGGCGAAGAGCUGCACCACGACACCGCGAUCAUGGGCAAGUACGCCCCCGACCUGAUGAAGGACCGGUUCUAUCAGGUGCUCACGCGGUGGCACUGGGUGCCGCUGGUGGUUCUGGGGCUGGCGCUGAUUGCGAUCGGCGGCUGGACGUGGGCGCUGUGGGGGGUGUUUCUCCGCGUCGUCGUCGGUCUCCACUGCACGUGGCUCAUCAACUCGGCGACCCAUCUCUGGGGCAGCCGCCGCUUCAACACCAGCGACGAUUCGAAGAACUCGUUCUGGGUGGCCCUCAUCACUUUCGGGGAGGGCUGGCACAACAACCACCAUGCCCACCCCCGGUCCGCCCGACACGGCAUGACCUGGUGGGAAGUCGACCUGAGCUGGAUGCAGCUUCGUGUGAUGCAAUGGUUGGGGCUCGCGUGGGAUGUGCAGGUCCCGAGCGCCACGCAGAUCGUCCACAAGACGCUGUCGCUCGAGAACGCUGCGUAG